AUGCAGGCUGACAAAAUUCCCGACUUCCUCGCAGAGCAGCGAGAGCUUGCUCAUGAUGAUUUCCAGCCUUUGUUCUUGUCAUUAGAAGACUACUGGGAACGAAAACUAUGGCAUCAACUCACCGAUUCAUUGAUAGAGUACUUUAUUAAGCCCCAAAGCGCUCCGCAGAGACUCUCGUUGUUCAACAACUUUGUUAUCAGUUUCGCCGAAAAAAUAAACCAAUUGAAGUUUGUGUCUCUCGGACAAAUGGCUUCUACGCAGUGUAAGGGUGAUGCCGAACGGUUAUCCUUUCUAACUUCAUUGGCGAAGAGAGUCGACAAACCCAGCUCACAAGAUGCUUACGUUUACGCGAUGGCCGAUGUUGCAGGCGUUAAGCUACGACUCAAAGACUUUGAAGGUGCCCGAAAAGACCUUGAUGCGUCCCAGAACAUACUAGAUUCAUUUGACUCUGUUGAGAAUGUCGUACAUGCAUCGUUUUAUAAAGUAAACGCAGACUACUAUCAUGGGAAACUGGAAUUUGCCUCUUAUUAUAGGAACGCUCUCCUCUAUCUCGCUUGCGUCGACAUAGCAGAUUUCAUGCCAGAAGAAUCAGCAUUAAGGGCAUAUGAUCUCAGCGUAGCGGCUCUAGUUUCUGAUACCAUUUACAACUUUGGCGAACUUCUUCUCCACCCAAUCCUCGAUUCACUGACCGAAACACCACAUGCAUGGCUUCGUGAACUCCUCUUUGCUUUCAAUCGUGGUGAUCUGACUGCCUAUGAUGUACUAGCGGGAAACAUCGGCAAAAACAAACUUCUUGAAGAACACAAGCAUUUCCUUUACCAGAAAAUCUCUCUCUCUGCAUUAACUGAGAUGAUCUUUCGACGGCCACCCCAUGAUCGAACUGUUUCAUUUGCAACAUUAUCCGAAGAAACAAAGAUUCAACCAAACGAGAUUGAGUACUUGGUAAUGAAAGCUUUGAGCCUGGGUCUUCUGAAGGGCUCGAUUGAUCAGGUAUCACAAAUCGCGUGCAUCAACUGGGUACAACCGAAAGUCCUCGAUAUGAAGCAAAUCGAGGGAAUAAGAAACAGGCUGAAAGAAUGGGAUGCAGGAGUUAAUCAAUUGGGUCACUGGAUUGAAGGGGUCGGUAAAGAUGUCUGGGUUGCAUAA